ACAACCCAACCACAAACAACAACUGAAACCACAUCUACAACUCAAACAGACAUAUCAACUACACCAGCAUCUACAUCUGAAUCAACAACAAUGGCUACAACUCAACCAACAACUUCCCCGCCAACUACAACCCAACCACAAACAACAACUGAAACCACAUCUACAACUCAAACAGACAUAUCAACUACACCAGCAUCUACAUCUGAAUCAACAACAAUGGCUACAACUCAACCAACAACUUCCUCGCCAACUACAACCCAACCACAAACGACAACUGAAACCACAUCUACAACUCAAACAGAAAUAUCAACUACACCAGUAUUUACAUCUGAUCCAACAACAGCAGCACAAACAACAACAGUAAUUCAACCAACAUCAACUGAAACCACAACUCAAACAGAAACAUCAACUAUUUCAGCAUCUUCAUCUGAACCAACAACAAUAGCUGAAUCAACACUGGUAGUUCAAACAACAACAACUGAAACCACAUCUUCAAUUCAAACAGAAACAUCAACUACACCAGAAUCUACAUCUGAAUCAACAACAAUGGCUACAACUCAACCAACAACUUCCCCGCCAACUACAACCCAACCACAAACAACAACUGAAACCAUAUCUACAACUCAAACAGACAUAUCAACUACACCAGCAUCUACAUCUGAAUCAACAACAAUGGCUACAACUCAACCAACAACUUCCCCGCCAACUACAACCCAACCACAAACAACAACUGAAACCACAUCUACAACUCAAACAGACAUAUCAACUACACCAGCAUCUACAUCUGAAUCAACAACAAUGGCUACAACUCAACCAACAACUUCCUCGCCAACUACAACCCAACCACAAACAACAACUGAAACCACAUCUACAAUUCAAACAGAAAUAUCAACUACACCAGCAUCUACAUCUGAACCAACAACAGCAGCACAAACAACAACAGUAAUUCAACCAACAUCAACUGAAACCACAACUCAAACAGAAACAUCAAGUAUUUCAGCAUCUUCAUCUGAACCAACAACAAUAGCUGAAUCAACACUGGUAGUUCAAACAACAACAACUGAAACCACAUCUUCAAUUCAAACAGAAACAUCAACUACACCAGAAUCUACAUCUGAAUCAACAACAAUGGCUACAACUCAACCAACAACUUCCCCGCCAACUACAACCCAACCACAAACAACAACUGAAACCACAUCUACAACUCAAACAGACAUAUCAACUACACCAGCAUCUACAUCUGAAUCAACAACAAUGGCUACAACUCAACCAACAACUUCCUCGCCAACUACAACCCAACCACAAACAACAACUGAAACCACAUCUACAACUCAAACAGAAAUAUCAACUACACCAGCAUCUACAUCUGAUCCAACAACAGCAGCACAAACAACAACAGUAAUUCAACCAACAUCAACUGAAACCACAACUCAAACAGAAACAUCAAGUAUUUCAGCAUCUUCAUCUGAACCAACAACAAUAGCUGAAUCAACACUGGUAGUUCAAACAACAACAACUGAAACCACAUCUUCAAUUCAAACAGAAACAUCAACUACACCAGAAUCUACAUCUGAAUCAACAACAAUGGCUACAACUCAACCAACAACUUCCCCGCCAACUACAACCCAGCCACAAACAACAACUGAAACCACAUCUACAACUCAAACAGACAUAUCAACUACACCAGCAUCUACAUCUGAAUCAACAACAAUGGCUACAACUCAACCAACAACUUCCUCACCAACUACAACCCAGCCACAAACAACAACUGAAACCACAUCUACAACUCAAACAGAAAUAUCAACUACACCAGCAUCUACAUCUGAACCAACAACAGCAGCACAAACAACAACAGUAAUUCAACCAACAUCAACUGAAACCACAACUCAAACAGAAACAUCAAGUAUUUCAGCAUCUUCAUCUGAACCAACAACAAUAGCUGAAUCAACACUGGUAGUUCAAACAACAACUGAAACCACAUCUUCAAUUCAAACAGAAACAUCAACUACACCAGAAUCUACAUCUGAAUCAACAACACUGGCUACAACUCAACCAACAACUGCCUCGCCAACUACAACCCAACUACAAACAACAACUGAAACCACAUCUACAAUUCAAACAGACAUAUCAACUACACCAGCAUCUACAUCUGAAUCAACAACAAUGGCUACAACUCAACCAACAACUUCCUCACCAACUACAACCCAACCACAAACAACAACUGAAACCACAUCUACAGUUCAGACAGAAAUAUCAACUACACCAGCAUCUACAUCAGAACCAACAACAGCAGCACAAACAACAACAGUAAUUCAACCAACAUCAACUGAAACCACAACACAAACAGAAACAUCAAGUAUUUCAGCAUCUUCAUCUGAACCAACAACAAUAGCUGAAUCAACACUGGUAGUUCAAACAACAACAACUGAAACCACAUCUUCAAUUCAAACAGAAACAUCAACUACACCAGAAUCUACAUCUGAAUCAACAACAGUGGCUACAACUCAACCAACAACUUCCCCGCCAACUACAACCCAGCCACAAACAACAACUGAAACCACAUCUACAACUCAAACAGAAAUAUCAACUACACCAGCAUCUACAUCUGAACCAACAACAGCAGCACAACCAACAACAGUAAUUCAACCAACAUCAACUGAAACCACAACUCAAACAGAAACAUCAACUAAUUCAGAAUUCACUUCGACAUCAACUGCGCCAACAUCUACAACUCAAACAACAAUUGCACCAACUUCAACAUCAACUGUGCCAACAUCUACCACUCAGUCAACAACAACUGCGCCAACAUCUACAAGUCAGUCAACAUCAACUGUGCCAACAUCGACCACUCAGUCAACAACAACUGUGCCAACAUCUACCACUCAGUCAACAACUGUGCUAACAUCUACCACUCAGUCAACAACAACUGUGCCAACAUCUACAACUGAAACAACAACUGCACCAACUUCAACAUCAACUGCGCCAACAUCUACCACUCAGUCAACAACAACUGCGCCAACAUCUACAAGUCAGUCAACAUCAACUGCACCAACAUCUACCACUCAGUCAACAACUGUGCCAACAUCUACCACUCAGUCAACAACAACUGCGCCAACAUCUACAACUGAAACAACAACUGUGCCAACAUCUACAACCGAAACAACAACUGCACUAACUUCAACAUCAACUGUGCCAACAUCUACCACUCAGUCAACAUCAACUGUGCCAACAUCUACCACUCAGUCAACAUCAACUGCGCCAACAUCUACCACUCAGUCAACAACAACUGCGCCAACAUCUACCACUCAGUCAACAACAACUGUGCCAACAUCUACCACUCAGUCAACAACAGCUGUGCCAACAUCUACAACUGAAACAACAACUGUGCCAACAUCUACAACCGAAACAACAACUGCACUAACUUCAACAUCAACUGCGCCAACAUCUACCACUCAGUCAACAACAACUGUGCCAACAUCUACAUCUGAAACAACAACUGUGCCAACAUCUACCACUCAGUCAACAACUGCACCAACAUCUACCACUCAGUCAACAACUGCGCCAACAUCUACCACUCAGUCAACAACAACUGUGCCAACAUCUACAUCUGAAACAACAACUGUGCCAACAUCUACCACUCAGUCAACAACUGCGCCAACAUCUACCACUCAGUCAGCAACAACUGUGCCAACAUCUACAUCUGAAACAACAACUGUGCCAACAUCUACAACACAAUCAACUGCACCAACUUCAAUAUCAACUGCGCCAACAUCUACAACACAAUCAACUGCACCAACUUCAACAUCAACUGUGCCAACAUCAACCACUCAGUCAACAACAACUGCACCAACAUCUACCACUCAGUCAAUAAUAACUGCACCAACAUCUACAACACAAACAACUGCACCAACUUCAACAUCAACUGCGCCAACAUCUACCACUCAGUCAACAACAACUGCACCAACAUCUACAACACAAACAACUACACCAACUUCAACAUCAACUGUGCCAACAUCUACAACUCAAACAACAACUGCACCAACAUCUACCACUCAGUCAACAACAACUGCACCAUCAACAACUCAAUCAACUGCACCAACUUCAACAUCAACUGCUCCAACAUCUACAACUCAAACAACUGCACCAAUAUCUACAACACAAACAACUGCACCAACUUCAACAUCAACUUUGCCAACAUCUACCACUCAGUCAACAACAACUGCACCAAUAUCUACAACACAAACAACUGCACCAACUUCAACAUCAACUGCACCAACAUCUACAACUCAAACAACUGCACCAACACCAACAACUCAAACAACUGCAUCAACAUCUACAACACAAUCAAUAAUAACUGCACCAACAUCCACAACACAAUCAACUGCACCAACAUCUACCACUCAGUCAACAACAACUGCACCAACAUCUACAACACAAACAACUACACCAACUUCAACAUCAACUGCGGCAACAUCUACCACUCAGUCAACAACUGUGCCAACAUCUACCACUCAGUCAACAACAACUGCACCAUCAACAACUCAAUCAACUGCACCAACUUCAACAUCAACUGCUCCAACAUCUACAACUCAAACAACUGCACCAAUAUCUACAACACAAACAACUGCACCAACUUCAACAUCAACUUUGCCAACAUCUACCACUCAGUCAACAACAACUGCACCAAUAUCUACAACACAAACAACUGCACCAACUUCAACAUCAACUGCACCAACAUCUACAACUCAAACAACUGCACCAACACCAACAACUCAAACAACUGCACUAACUUCAACAUCAACUGCGCCAACAUCUACUACUCAAAGAACUGUGCCAGCAUUAACAUCAACUGCACUAACAUCUACAACACAAACAACUGCACUAAAUUCGUCAUCGACUGCUCCAACAUCAUCUCCAGAUUCUCCCCCCCAAAAUAUCACAGCAUUUGCUUAUGCAACUUUCAAAUUGAGAUCCUUUGUUGAGCUGAGCAAUGAUGAGAUCAUUACAUAUAUUCAAAAGUUUGCCGAGCACAUUCAAGCACACUUUAGUGGGACCAUCAGGAUUACUGUGAAGAAAUCAAGAAAAUUGUUAGCCUAAGGAUCUGACAUGGAAAACUUUUGUCCAUCCACAUGCAAUCCUCUACAUAAAAUCUCUGAAUGAAGUUGCCACUUUACAAAGUUGUGUCUGUUAAAAUGAAUUUUGUGCAUAUUUGAAUGUUUUUUAUUUAUUUCAUUUUUGUAGGAUAGUUGCACUUUUCAUUCUGAACUCAAACAAUAAUUUGAUCUGUGUUGCAUUAUAUGUAAUGUUGGAUAUUAUUUAACUUCUGCUCUCUUUAGUGUGUAAAAUAUCUGAAUAAAACCUUUUCUC